UCAACGGAAGACACGUUCCACCAUUGCCUUCUUAAGCCGUUUAACCGAUACAUCUCAUUUCUACUCCGCCGUCCUUUUCUCUCUUUUCUCUACCACCCAAUUCUCCGUUCAAGCUCCGACGGGCUUUCGAUCAUCCAAACCCAGAGGCGAUUCUUCUCAUUUAUUGAUUUUCCUUUUGUUUCAUUCUUUUUCGGUUGAUGCUGGCAUUCCCAAUUGAUGAUGACAACAGUGGCUGUUCCUUCUGGUUGUGUUAAAACAGUAAACAUGAAUAUGGUCUCUUGAAGGUUUGCCAAUUGCUAGAGUUGAAGUUCUAGGAAAGUGAUAAGGAGGGAAUCAACACGUAUGAGGAAACUGUUCCUAAAUUUUCUUAGGAUUCAUUUUUGUGCACUUGCACUUUAUCAUUAUGCAUGAUUUUUCAGCUUAUGCAGACAUAUUUUUCUCAAAUUUCUAAGUAUGGCUCACGUUCCAGAAUCCAGAUCCAGUGAAAUUACUUUGGAGAUGCAAGGAUACCGGAGCACAUUUUUCACAUAGUAUUAGUUCUUAAAACAACUGUCUCAGUUGUUAGAAUCACACGGUUCAAGAAAAAACCAUUUGCUUGAAAAUCUAAAUGUCAGGAUUUGUCUUCUAGAUUAGUCAGUGAGUGAUCAUUGCUUGGAUACUUCACAUCAUUUCUUCUAAUAAAUUUUUUUUUUUGUUUUUGCGUGUUGGACUUUGUCCUCCAAAUUUUAACCAAUGAAAUUGACAAUAAUUAUAUCAUUGUUUAAAUGAAAUAGAAGGCCUAUAUUGGAUUCCCUAAGCAAUCAAUUUUCUGAUUCAUUUGUUGUCACCAUCACUGUGCCUAAUUGAAGCUUGGGAGAAAUUUUCAUUUGGUUAAAAAGCUUAAUCAGCCUGCCUCCCUAUUUGUGGAAUUUAUUUCCUUUUAAUAAUUCAUUUUGUUAAAUCUUUUUACGCCUUUAUUUUAUAUCUAUUUUUCUUCCCUAAUAGAGAUCUAGAAUAUUUUGCUCUUGUAGAGGAUGCAAUUUUAGAAUGCUUUAAAGACUCACUGUUUAAAACACUAUAUCCUAGUCGGACUAAGAGAUCCUUACCAGAAAAGUCAAUGCAUUGUAAUUGUGUUGUAUUAGCAACAGAAUUAAGCCACAACUAAUGAAAUUUGCAAGUUUAAAAUGAAAAUCUAUAAAUAGAAGAAAUGAAAAAAAUACUUCAGAACUAGGACACGAUGUGUCACAUGUUACUAGUGCUGUAUUUCUUGCCAAUAUGUCGUUUUCAUUUGAUUAGAUAAUCAAAGUUGUUGAUUUCUGGUGUUCCUAAUUUAUUUAUCUAUUUGAUAGUUGAGUUUUAGUCUUUGGCCUUUUGUUGAAUAUUGAAUGGUGAGGUGGGACCUUUCAUUUGGACUUUUUGUGGUACCUAGUUUUUCCUUAUUGAAGCAACAUAAUGGCUUAGAACUUUAUGCAAUUCUUUGGGUAUUUGCCCUGUGAAGCUUUUAUAUGCAACUGAUAUAUUUACAUGUUCUAUAAUCUGUUCUUGCUGCUUUUCUUUCAAGCUUGGAGUUACAAAUCUUUUUUGUUUACAUGGUUGAUUUGUAAAUCUAAUAAAAUUUAGUAGCUAAUUUGUUUUUUUUUUCCUUCUAUCUCAAGAGUCAAAGGAAGUCGGUGCCUAAGAUGAGCUUCAGAGGCAGAUCUACGGACUUUGAGCAAUAUUUUGCCCGGGAAUGGAAAUCAGUUGCUGGCUCGGAAAGUUCUAGUGGUUGCUUUGAUUGCAAUAUCUGCUUUGACUUUGCACAUGAGCCAGUGGUCACCCUUUGUGGCCACUUGUACUGCUGGCCCUGUAUCUAUAAAUGGCUCCAUGUCCAGAGUGCCUCUCUUGCUUCUGAUGAGCACCCACAAUGCCCAGUCUGCAAAUCUGAUAUAUCUCACACCACCAUGGUCCCACUUUACGGCCGUGGUCAAUCUGCAGCUGAAGCUGAGAUCGAGGGGAAAGCACCCAAUCCGGACAUAGUCAUACCUCCUAGGCCAUCAGCUUAUGGUGCUCAAGCUUUGAUAUCUAAUAUACCCCCAACUGGUCAGCAGGCUCCAUCCCGUAAUCCUUAUCACAAUCAUAACUAUAAUCCUGAUCCAUACAGCAGGUUUGAAGAGGCUUCAUCAUCACCUCCUAUACUUAAUCUUGGAGGCACCACAGUGACUGGUUUCCACCACCCAUUUGUUGGGAUGUUUGGUGAGAUGGUUUAUGCCAGAGUUUUUGGAAACUCACAGAGACUGUACGCAUAUCCAAAUUCAUAUCACCUAAUGGGAAGUAGUAGCCCCAGGUUGAGAAGGCAGGAAAUGCAGGCAGACAAAUCAUUGAACAGAAUCUCAAUUUUCCUCUUCUGCUGCUUUCUUUUAUGUCUUAUUGUAUUCUGAAAGUAAAAUUUAGGCCAUUAGCCAUUGUGCGGUUUGUACACUUUGUAAAGAGAGGGCAACGGAUGUAAGGUUAUGAAACAUCAAUGGAAUGAGAUAUAAUAUAUAUAUAUAUAUAUACAUGCAGAAUGUUAGAAAUUUAACAUUAAAACAUUUGCCA